AUAAUACUCAUAAGAGGCAGCGACUCAACAAUGAACUUUUCUUUUUUCUUCUUUUUAUCUAAUCUGCUGCACCGAUUUUUGUGAGCUGCAACAAAAAGAAAAGACAUUAAUAAUUGACGAGUUGCAGAGUAAUUAGCCUCGAAAUGAGCAAAAACCACCUCUGACAACGACCACCGCUGUCGUCACAAAUUCAUCACCGUCUAAGUCAACGGAAGGUGACUCUAUGGCGACGGAAUCUCCGCCUCCUCCUUCCAGUUCCUCCGAUGAAAAACCUCAAAAUUCAGCUGUUGAGGCUGCACAACCAACAAAUGAGAUUCAGCAACAAGCCAGGGAGGAGGUCACUAAACAAAGUCCACCAUCGGUCUUUGUCAACUCAGAGCCUAUGAGAGAAGAUCAAGUGCAGAAUGCUGUUAAAUUUCUUUCGCACCCAAAAGUUAGGGGUUCCCCUGUCAUGUAUAGGCGGUCUUUUCUUGAGAGGAAGGGCUUGACAAAGGAGGAGAUUGAUGAAGCUUUUCGGCGUGUGCCAGACCCAUCUCCAAGUGCGCAAGCAACGAGUACAAGUCAAGAGGCACAAUUGAACUCAACAUCAAAUAUUCAGCCAGCAUCGCAAACACAAGCUCUUCAGCCUGCAGCAGCUGCGCCAACUGGUGCCAUUUCCUCUGCAGGAACUUUAAUGCGAACUCGAUUCCAUUGGUAUCAUGCUGUUUUUGCUGUAGGGGUUCUGGCCGCUUCAGGUGCUGGAACAGCUGUCUUAAUUAAGAAUUGUAUUGUUCCAAGAUUCAAGUCUUGGAUACGUAAGGUUGUUUUCGAAGAAGAAGAUCCUGUGAAAAAAACUAAUGCAAAACCAAGUUUGGCAGAAGAAGCAGCAGCAGCUGCAAAAGCUGCUGCAGCAGCAGCUGCUGAUGUUGCCAAAGCAAGCCAGGAGAUGCUGAACUCAAAAAAUGAAGAGAAGAGAUACUUCGGGGAGUUUAUGAAUUUGUUGGACCUGCAAGUACAGGAAAUGAAGUCUAUGAGUACCGCAAUACACAAAUUGGAAGGACAAAAUAAUAACCUUGGGAGAACCUCUCUUGUCAACCAAGAAGACUAUACACUCUCAGUGGGAAAUCAUCCUAAGCAAACCUAUGUCAAUGGGAAGGUGGAGUCUGAUUCACGUGCAGUGAGAUCUUCCUCGCCACCCACAGCUGCUGAACCUACUGUUGCACCACACCCAAAAUCGUAUAUGGAGAUCAUGGCAAUGGUUCAAAGAGGAGAGAGACCUCCAAACAUCAGGGAUGUCAAUGAUCAACCACCCAAUCCUAACCAGAAAAUUUCAAAUCCUAACAUAGCACCCAGAACAAAGCCUUGGGAAUCUGGCCAAUUCCAAAGUAGCCCAAGCCCUGUGCUUCAGUCUCAAGCGAACGGAGAAGGUUCAGAUUCAAAGGCACAAGACAAUGGGGUUACCUAUCAAUUUGAUGGUGAGAGCACCGUGCCUUGGUGGCAGCGGAAAAAUGCUAGAAUCACAGAGAUUGAAAACGAAGAUGAAGUCAAGGCUGGACCUUAUGGUACACAAAGUAAUGAGCAACCAGUUCGGCGUGCAUGGGUCCCUCCCCAGCCACCCCCUGUUGCUAUGGCUGAAGCAGCAGAAGCCAUCCGACGGCCAAAACCAUCAGUUCAGAAGGAACAAUCGGGAGAGGAGCAGUCCAAAUCUCUUCAAACAGAUGCAACAGAUGAAUUGCAGAAGAUAACAAAAAUAGCUGAAUCUGGAGGUGGCAUGGGAAUCAAUGAUGGGGGAUCAGAGCUAAACUCAAAUGAGAUAAAGGAAGAGCAAGAAAUUAACUAUGAAGGGAACUGACGGUGAAUUUAAUUCGGAUGAUCAUCUCGGCCCAAGUCAAAAGCAGGCAGUUGAAAGUGAAAAUAAUUGGCUAAAAAAUAUUUUAUAUCAUCAGUUUGGUUCACGGCUAUUAUGUACCCAAGCUGAGGAGUAAACAAAAUAUGGGGUGUUUAUUAAUGAGAAUAAAGUUAUGAUUCAGAAAGCUCACGACACAUUUUGUACAUAACAAUUAGUAAUUCUGUUGCCAUUUAUGUGUUUGUUCUAAGAA